CAAAUUUUGCAAAGUGAUAAAUUUUGUGAAAUAUUGCUUUGUACAAAAUUCUCUUUGAACACAGUACUACUAGCGAAGUAAGGACACCGGCGGCCCGUCAUGGGGACGAUGCACCGCUCUAUUACCCCUAUUAUUUCUAUAUUCCUAUGGAUCUUGAUCUCGACCGAAUGGACCCUUGCACAGCAAUCAAACCUUUGCCCAGUGACAAAGAAUGUGAAAGUGGGACCCGAAAAGGACCAAUGCGACCGUGACACACAGAAGAGACGAUACCGUGAUCAAUGGGUCAUGGAUUACAACGCCACGGAAGCAGCAAACAACGGCAUGGACGCCUUUGAUAUUUUCAGUAACCCCACUGCCGACAACGUCUGUUACUACUUCAAGUUUGAGGACAAAACUCAACUUGAAUGUUGUCCAGGCUGGGAAAAUCCGGAUUGCAAAAUACCUGUCUGUGUGCACAACUGCGUAAAGGGGAAUUGCUCUGCCCCGAACACAUGUACCUGCGACCCUGGGUACGGUGGUUAUCAGUGCGACGAGAAAGCAGGAGAAAAGUAUUGCUACACCGGAAACGCCUGCAAUGGAGAGAAGGCUCCGAUUAAUGUCGGAAGUGUAGGCGCUUGCUGCGAUUGGUCUGGACUCUCGUUUGGAAAUGCUAUUGACGGAAACUGUGAACUCUGCGAGGAAGUGAAUGUAACAACCAUCAAGCGCGAUGAUCUUGAGUAUGUUACUUGCGUUCAUUCUGGAGAGAGCAGUUUCCGGACAUUCGAUGGCGUCAGAUACACAUACAAAACCGCCUGCAAAGUGACUAUGUUGGACACAGCCAAUAUCAAAAUCACAUCAAAGACAGACUGCGAUCCCUUGGAUACUUGCAAGUGCACACAGGAAGUCGUGAUUGCAAUGAAGCACGGGGUUGAAAGCGUUUCCUACGUUUACAAGAAUGGUUUCCUCGACGGAAAAGUGCCAACAAACGACCUGCAAAAGUUAGGAGAUAUCAGCUUCCAAAAGAAAAACGAUUUGGUGCACGUCAAUACAGGCUCAGGAUUUAGACUCAGGAUUGACCCAGAUGGCUUCCUAACCAUUUCAAUAGACAAGGAUAAGGUCAAAGAUAUGACUCUCAAGGGCAUGUGUGGAAAUGCAGAUCUUGAUGUGACCGAUGAGAUUAAACUGGCAAGUAAUCAGUUCGAAGCAAACAGAUAUGGAAGCUUGUUCACAGAUAAAUCUGACUGCGGUGCUUUGUUGCCCCCAUGCAGCGAAGGUGAUUUGAAAGAAGCGACAAAUGUCUGCUCAUAUGUUAAAUCUAGGAUGUUUAAAGCAUGCCACUUACUGGUUCCAUACAAAACAUUUGAGGAAACAUGUCAGAAAGCAUACUGUGCUGCAGCAGACGAUAAGAAACAAAGCGCCAGAUGUAAUGCAAUUCAGAACUAUGCUACAGAGUGCUCGCUGCAAAACGUUGUUAUUGCAUGGAGAUCCAAAAAUCUGUGUCCGAAAACAUGCCUCGGAGAAAACAGAAUGUACACACAGUGCGCCAGUCCAUGUCAAGCAAAAUGCGGUUGGUUCUACACAAUGCACAAAGAUGAAUGUAAUGCAUGCUUUCCCGGAUGCACGUGCGCUCCCGGAUACAUGGAAGACCAUAACGGCAAUUGUGUUGAUGCAUCUAACUGUACAUGCAAAGCCAGAGAUGGACGACUCAUUAAAGUUGGCGAAAAGUUUACCUUGAAAACGCCAUGUCCACAAACAUGCACCUGUACAGAAGGUGGCAAGGUGAAAUGUGAUGAAGCAACGAUGUGCAGAGGCACAUGUUCUGUAAUGGCCAGCGGUUAUCUUACGACUUUCGAUUCCAACGUCCUGAGGAUUGACUCGAAUGCGAUGGAAUGCAAAUUUUCAUUGAUGAAUUUUAACAAUGGUCAAUUGGAUGUCACGUUGAUAACAGCAAAGGUAAACGGCGCCAUAAGGAUUGAAGGCAUAGAGAUAGUAGCCAACGGCGUCCUGAUGGUAAUGAAGAAUGUGGGUAAAACCAACACCAUGGUUUUCGAAUACGACAGAUCUCAACCAAAGUUGCCAUUUGUGUCAAAAAAGGGAGACAUUUAUGUGAACCGAAUUACCGACAUUUGGAUGAAAUUCAGCACACCUUAUGUUCAAAUUUUGGUGAGCUCAAUGGGAAGCGUCAGAAUCGAUGGCGAUACAGGAUCAAUGUCAUCAAAAGUGUCGGGUCUUUGUGGAAAUUUCGACGAGAAUCCAGAAAAUGACUUCCAAACAGCAACUGGUGGUAAUCCAUCAGAAGCCGAGUUUUUGCUGUUGAAAUCCAAAGACGAAAAAUGUGGUGAAGCAAACAAAGAUACUCAGAAAAAUGAAAAGUGUGAUCCCCUGAAAGACAUCCUGCUGAACAAGUGUAAAAAUCUGGACCAGACGAAAACACAACGAAUUUUGGAAGGCUGUAUGACGUCCAAGACUGACCAGCAAGUGUGCGCUGUUCUAGCUGAUCUGCAACUGGAAUGUGGCCUAAGCCUGGAUUCUGAUGAACUGAAAGACAUUCUCAACUGUGUUCAGGAAUGCGAUUCUGGUCUCGAGUAUAAUCCUUGCCGAAAGGACUGUCGACGAUCUUGCUCUGAUCUGUCCAUGCAAAAUUCAACAACAUGUGAUACAGACACCUGCUUCCAGGGAUGUGGGUGCCCAUCAGGCCAGUACAUGCACAAAGACGCUUGCACUGACCUCGACAAAUGUCCAUGUUACAAAGGCACCACUGAGAUUUUAGCUGGACAAACUCUAACUGUGGACUGCAAAUCUUGCAAAUGCAAAAACGGUUUACUAUCUUGUGAGGCCUCAGAAUGCGAAGAUGUUGUUUGUGGAUUGAAUCAGUUCAAGUCUGUUGAGAAACCAGCAACAUGCAGGAAGAGGUGCCCAAAGCCUUUCAAGACCAACAUGACUUGUGCUGAAGCUGACGGAAUGUAUUCACGAGUCUGCUACUGUGUGGAUGGAACUGUAGAAAACCACGAUUUUGAAUGUAUCCAACCAAAUUCUUGCCCAUGUUUCACCAAUGACCAGUGGCAUGCGCAUGGAAAGGAAUUGAGAGACAGCUGCAAAGUCAGAAAAUGUAAUAAUGGAGUGUGGGAUGUAAAGGAAGACAAUAACUGUAAAACAACAUGCCGUGUAUCUGGUACCUCACCAAUAUUUCAAACAUUUGAUGGGAAAUUGUACGAAAUUUCUGAAAUAUGCGACGGUGGUAGUGACGGGAACAUGCUAGUGACAGGAGAGGACUUGGAGAUCACUUUGACAUCUGUCAUGUGCACCACAAUGAACAGAGCCUGUUCCUAUAUCAUCAAGAUAAACAUCGAAGGAAAAAUUACAGUUACAAUCACAAAGGGAUCCGGAAUUUCAGUCAAAUAUCAAGGAAAAACGAAGAAUUUCCCAGCUGGAUCACGACUGAUGUACAUGGGCUAUUACAUAUCACAGGAUUAUGUAUCAAUUUUCCAAGGCAAAGGCCUGUCGGUUUAUUAUGAUGGUGGACAAAAUGUGCGUGUUGAAUUGGACAGAAGGUUCAGAAACAAAGUAGCAGGAAUGUGUGGAAACAACAAUGGCAAAACUGGUGAUGACUUCAGAGACGCCAAUGGCCAAGUUCUUACUUCAGAAGUGCAGCUGUACAAUGCAUUCAGAGAUGAAUCUUGUCCUGCGAUAACCAACGUUGCUACCAAUGACAGCUGCACUGUGAAUGCAGAAAGGAAGAAAUGGGCAGUUCAUUCUUGUAAUAUCAUCAAGGAGGGUUCUAUAUUUGCGAGAUGUCGAAAGGCCCUAAUAGGUCCUGAUGUUGAUGAUAUGUAUAGUCACUGUUUGCAAGAAGCAUGUGGAUGUGACAAGGGAGGCGACUGCGAAUGUUUGUGCACAGCUAUAUCCAACUUUGCUGAUUUGUGCAACAGCAAAGGAUUCCCAGUUCAAUGGAGACAUCGACGACUUUGUCCAAUGCAAUGUGAUUAUGGAAGCCAGUACAGAGCUUGUGGCUCUACCUGCCAACCCACAUGUGGAUCCAUAGAACAGAAUUCAGAUUGCUUAAGUUCAACGUGUAUCGAAGGUUGCUUCUGUCCCGAGGACAUGGUUGUAGCUGACAGUGAUGGUCCUGAAAUCAAGUGUAUUCCAAAAGCAGAGUGUCCAUGUGUUGUGGAUGGCGCCAUUUACCUGAAGGGACAGUACUUUACACGAGACUGUAUGAACUGCUCGUGUUCAAGUGGUAGAGUGGAAUGUACUGGUACAAACUGUACGGCAUCCUGUGACGAAAGUGUUAAAUACCGUUGUAUUCGAGGUGGACGAUGCAUUCCUAAAAAAAAUCGAUGUGAUGAUGUUGUCGACUGUCCUGGUGGAGACGACGAAAUGGGAUGUGGAUCAUGCAGCAAUUUCACAUGCGCCAAUGGCAAGUGUAUCCACGAGUCCAAAGUUUGUGAUCAAGCAAAUGACUGUGGUGACAACUCUGAUGAAAGUGAUGCAAUAUGUAAACUAUGUGCUGGAAAUGUGUUUAUCUGUUCAAAUACAAAAAGACUUCAGUGUGUGAUGAGGAAUUUUGUAUGUGAUGGCGUUGCCGAUUGUCGAGAUGGAUCUGAUGAAGCUAACUGCACAGUCUGUCCAAAAGACAAGAUUCACUGUGGAAAGAAAAUAUGCUUGGAUAAAAACACGACGUGUGAUAAUCACUUGGACUGCGAUGAUGGCUCUGAUGAAAUGGGUUGCACAACUCCUCCAGCUACAACACCAGUUCAAUGCGACGAUGUUAUGGUGGAGUCAAAAUACGUAUUGCUCCCUGGUUUAAAGGAACAAGAAGAAGAUCUUCUUACAAACGGAGAAAUGACCUUGAUACCAGAUGGACAGUACGCUAUAUUCACAAUAAAGCUACUUGCAAAGGAAGGCACACCCACGGUCUUAAAAUCUUUGAAAUUCACAAGUACAGGAAAACUUGAACGUAUCACAACUACGACUCCAAUUGCACAGUUGCCAUUUAGUAAAGAAAGUUCUGUAGACGGAUUCCAAAAAUAUAGUGUUGAAGAAUACGCAGAGUUCACAGAAAUUCAAUUUAUGUUAACUCCAUCAACUGAAGGUGGAAAAGUUGUUGUCAAGGAGCUAUCAAUAAAGGCUUGCUUUGAACCAGGUACAACACCAGUGCCAACAACUACUACUACAGAGACAACUACGACAACAACUACGACAUCUACAACAACGGCUCCACCAACUACAACUACUCCAGGAUCGACCACGACACCAGCAGGAUCUACGACAACACCAGCAGGAUCUACGACAACACCAACAGAAUCGACCACGACACCACCAGGAACCACGACACCGACAUGCGCGACUAUCAUGUGCACAUCAAAGGAAACAGGUCAACCAAUAUGCGUACCAGCUGAUAAACUCUGCGAUAAAAAGCCAGACUGUGAGGAUGGAGAAGAUGAACGCCCUACCGUUUGUGCGACUACAACUACUCCAGGAUCGACCACAUCACCAUCAGGAUCUACGACAACACCAGUAGGAUCGACCACGACACCACCAGGAACCACGACACCGACAUGCGCGACUAUCAUAUGCACAUCAAAGGAAACAGGUCAACCAAUAUGCGUACCAGCUGAUAAACUCUGCGAUAAAAAGCCAGACUGUGAGGGUGAGGAAGAUGAACGCUCUACCGUUUGUGCUACAACAACAACCCCGGGCACUACGGCACCAGGCACAACUACACCACCAACCACUACUCCAAAGGAGUGUGAAGAUGGUCUGACUUGCAGAUCACUCACGGGGGUUAUGAUUUGUGUACAGCCUACGUCGUUUUGUGAUGGCAAACAAGACUGUGAAAACAAUGAAGAUGAAACUAUGAAGGAAUGCACAACUACUACACCUAAAACCACGGUAACCGUCCCAACGACAGGUCCAGGGUCAACUACACCAACCGUAACAUCACCAGUACCAAAGUCAACUACACCAGGAACUACACCUCUGACCACAACAGGAACCACUACUACACCCGGCACUACCAAACCUCCAAGCACAACAGGUCCUACUGUGCCGUCCACAACCACACCAGCUACUACAACACAAGGGCCUACCACAACACCAAAACGUAAAUAAUUAAAUUAUCCUCAUUUUGCUGCCAUAUAAACCUAUCGCUAAAAUGAUUUUGCACUAAUUAUUUAGCUGUUGGAUGAAUAUUGCUGUGUCAUCAACCUAGCAAAUAAUCCCAGCGUCCAUUGAAUUAGCAUAUACUGUGUCAUGUGGUUACAUAAAAUAUAUCACGUAAUUAAAAUGGUUCCAUGUCACGUUUUUGAAGGUUAAAUAGCGGGAAAAGUCUGCAUUGUAGAACACUGACAUUUUGCGCAAAACCAGCUUUGUUAUAUUGUUUAUUGAUGGAAAUGUUUUCAUUUUAAUACAUGCCUUACGUUAAAACAUGUACAACAAAACGUAAUGUCAAGAAAUGCUAUACCAAUGAGAACCUACUCAAUAUUUGCUGUAUAUACUAAAACUAUUGUUGAUUUAUCCACCUUUUUUUUCAACAGCCAAUAGUUCUUUUACUUCUUUUUAGGAUGAAAUACACUUCUUUCCUUAUUUUUCGAAUGUUAUUUUUGCCACCAGCAUUUCGAUAUUUCUUUGUUAAGCUCUUCUAUAAUGAAAUUAUGUAGCAAGACAAAUCUCAAAGACAAAAAAGACUUCCGAGUGUCGUAGAAGAAGACGUGAGCCAAUCGACCACCAGUGUCAGAACACUCAUAAUUUGAGUAUUUGUUCAGUGGUAUAGCAUUGUUUGGCAUUGUUUCACAUUAGUUUAGAUGUAUGCAAUGUAUCAAAAUGGAAAUUGUAUCAUCUUAAACCAGCAUAAUAAAAUGGAUUUGUGGUGCACAAUUUCAAUGUUCUGCAUUGCAGUUUUCCCUCUGUUCAUCUACACAAAUUGGAACAUUGCUAUUACCCGAUAUCAUAGGCUAAAAUAAUAUAGA